ACGCGUCCCACUUUCCCUGGUCUGUCCUCUCCUUUCUCCAUCGUUCCUCCCUCUAUCUUGACCUGUAACAACAAUGGGAACGGCUACUAUUGGCUCGGAGAUUGUUGGCGUCGUCAACAAGCUACAGGAUGUGUUCACCGCCGUCGGGUCGUCGGCGGCCCAGAUAGACUUGCCGCAGAUCUGUGUGUUGGGAAGCCAGAGUAGCGGAAAGAGUAGUGUGCUUGAGAAUCUUGUUGGUCGCGACUUCCUACCACGGGGGACGGGUAUUGUGACGCGACGACCAUUGGUUUUGCAACUCAUAAACCGGAAAGCGACGAAUCAACAAGCCAAUGGCGUAUCUGCCAAGAUUGAAGGAGACGAUCCUGCUGCGAAUGCAGAUGAAUGGGGAGAGUUCUUACACUUACCAGGGGAGAAGUUCUUCGACUUCAACAAGAUACGAACGGAGAUCGUUCGCGACACCGAGGCGAAGACAGGGAAGAACGCCGGCAUCUCGCCACAGCCCAUAAACUUGCGCAUUUAUUCGCCAAAUGUCCUGACACUGACGCUGGUCGACCUUCCUGGGUUGACCAAGGUGCCUGUUGGCGACCAGCCGCGGGAUAUUGAGAAGCAAAUCAGGGACAUGCUCCUGAAGUAUAUCUCGAAGUCCGCGUGUAUUAUCCUUGCCGUCACUGCUGCCAACACGGAUCUGGCGAACUCGGAUGGAUUGAAGAUGGCGCGAGAGGUCGACCCCGACGGUCAGAGGACAAUUGGUGUGUUGACGAAGGUGGAUUUGAUGGAUGCUGGUACAGACGUGGUGGAUAUUUUGGCUGGAAGGAUCAUUCCCCUGCGACUGGGCUACGUUCCAGUCGUCAACCGUGGUCAGCGAGACAUUGAUAGCAACAAGCCUAUCAGUUCUGCCCUCGAACACGAGCGUGAGUACUUCGAGAACCACCCGUCAUACAAGGGCAAGUCGCAGUAUUGCGGAACGCCCUUCCUGGCACGGAAGCUCAACGUCAUUCUCAUGGCCCACAUCCGAGCAACCUUGCCAGACAUCAAGGCGCGCAUUUCUCAGCAGCUCGCGAAGUACAACGCGGAGCUUCAGAGCUUGGGCGGUGCUCUCGGCGACGGCAACUCCGCCAAUGUGGUCCUGUCGGUAAUCACGGAGUUCUGCAACGAGUUCCGCACGGUGAUUGACGGUAACACAAACGAUAUUUCCCUGAACGAGCUCUCCGGAGGAGCACGUAUCAGCUUUGUGUUCCACGAGUUGUUCAACAACGGCAUCAAGACCAUUGAUCCAUUCGACCAAGUCAAGGAUGGUGACAUCCGGACGAUCCUAUACAAUUCAUCCGGUUCCACACCUGCAGUGUUUGUUGGGACGCAAGCCUUCGAGGUCAUCGUCAAGCAGCAGAUCAAGCGACUCGAGGAACCUAGUAUUAAAUGCUGUCAACUCGUCUACGACGAGCUAAUCCGUAUACUGGGACAAGUGCUUGCGAAGAUUCAAGCGUUCAGGCGGUAUCCGGCACUCCGCGAACGUUUCAACGCUGUUGUUGUCAACUUCUUCAAGACUUCCUUGACCCCGACGACUAAACUUGUGACGGACCUUGUAGCGAUGCAAGCAUGCUAUGUGAACACGACACAUCCCGACUUCCUGAACGGGCACAAGGCGAUGGCUAUUGUGAACGAUCGUAUGAACGCCAACAAGCCACCUCCGCCUAACAUCGACCCUAAGAGCGGCAAGCUUGCGCCGGGUCAGGUCAACAACAACAAGGAUCUAGACGUAGAGGUCAAGCAACAAGAGCAGAGCUUCUUUGGUUCAUUUUUCUCUGCGAGUAAGAAUGCGCCGAAGAAGAAAGGCGUUGCGGUUAUGGAGACGCCCCCGCCGAUCAUCCGGCCUCAGGCCGCGUUGAGUGAGAGGGAAACCAUGGAGACUGAAGUCAUUAAACUCCUCAUCCAUUCGUACUUCAAUAUCGUCAAGCGCGAGAUGAUUGACAUGGUACCCAAGGCAAUAUCACUGACGCUGGUUAUGCACUCCAAGGAUAACCUGCAGCGCGAGUUGCUGCAAGAGCUGUACAAGCCUGAGGUCCUCGACGAUCUACUCAAGGAGUCAGAAUACGUCGUCAGCCGCCGGAAGGAGUGCGUGCAGAUGGUGCAAGCACUGAACAAGGCAGAGGAGAUCGUGGCAGGCGUGUAAUGAACCUCAUGUGUGGCUUUGCUUUUCUUUCCCGCUGUCGCUGUAUGCUCCGUACCAUAAUAAUACCCGGUAUCUUGGAUGCUAGUGGCGAGAUGCCUGUCGGAUUCUCAUGUGGCCACCUUUUCGAUUUGAUCUACGCGCUCUUUCAUCUGCCGUUGGGGUAGUCCCCGGAUCUGUUGCCACAAAUAUGGCGUAUUGUGGUAGUGUGUAGAUUAGAGAUCUCAAAGUUUGUUGUUAUGUCA